AUGGAAGAAACGCACUACGAAAGUACCUUUUGUGUAUAUUAUAAACCUUUGCUAGUGGAAGAAAUAGCACUUGUGGAAAAUCCUGCUCACGUUCACAAUGGCAAGUGUUCGGUGAUAGGAACAUUUGCCUGUACCGGGAACAGGCUAGAGUCGCUGAGUGUUCCAGAUCUUCCAACCGAGAUGCAGCUUCCAGACGGAACGUGCAGUGUUGAGCUAUGUUUUAACGAUUACUAUGGGAUUACUCCGAGAGGGAGACACGUCGAAGUAACCGGUAUUCUAAAACUGCGCAACACAGCUACUGGAGUAACGACUGAUUCAGGCAAUUUACGGAGCACAUUACUGUGUACAGACAACGAAGAAUUCAGACAACAGUGUGCAAAAGUGAGCUCCAUUUAUAUACCAUAUAUUAAGGUGGAUCAUGUACGAAUGAUAGCGCAUGCUAGGGAACUGAUUUCUUGCAAUUUAGAGUUAAGGAAGCUUAAUUUUUUAAAUAUGAUGGAACACUGAAAAGCUGGUGGUUGUCUCAUUUCUAUAUCAAAUCGGGAUCCUGCAGCAUGUCCUUUCAUAAAACAAAUCCUCCGAUUAUUCAGCAUCAUGUAAUACCGACUGUUUCGCCUGUUUGGUAGGUAGCUAAACGGUCACGGCGAAAUCGUGUAAUAUAAACAAACCCUUGGAGACAAUGAA